CAUAAAAUGGCGGACAGUGAAAAAUCAAAAUGCAAGAAAACUGUUCGUUUAGACGAAGACUGCACAAAAAUGGAAGACAAAAAGGACGAGAAAGUACCAAAAAAACAUUCUUUGAGACUUCCGCUUUGUCCUACAAGGCCUUUGCGGCCAAGAAAACCUUCAAAAGGUUUGGAUAUAAAAGCUACAGAACAAGCCAAAAAGAUAAAAAAAGCUAUUAGUAUACCAUCCAAGACAGAUGAUUUAUUAAGUAAACAGAUGCAAAGAAAAUUAUCAGAAUUCACUCCAAAGACUGGAAUUCUUAAGUUUAAAGAAAAAAGAUAUCCAUUUACAAUGAGUGAUUUUGACUUACUAUGUGCCAUUGGCAGUGGAACAUGCGGAGAAGUGUCAAAAAUGAAACAUAAGCCUACUGGAAAGAUAUUCGCUGUAAAAAAAAUGUGUCAAUCUUAUAAUGCAGAAGAACAGAAAAGAAUAGUGAUGGAUUUGGAUGUUGUUCUAAAGAGUCAUGAUUGUCCAUAUAUUGUGGCAUGCUUUGGAGCUUAUAUAUCUGAGUCUGAUGUGUUUAUAAUCAUGCAGUUGAUGGAGACAUGUUUUGACAAAUUAAAGAAUAAUUAUGGUCCAAUUCCUGAAGAAAUUUUGGGGAAAAUGACAGUGGCAGUUGUUAAUGCUUUACACUAUCUAAAAGAGUCACAUGGUGUCAUGCAUAGAGAUGUUAAACCUUCCAAUAUUUUACUGGAUCGUGGAGGUUGUGUAAAACUUUGUGAUUUUGGAAUCAGCGGUAGAUUAGUGGAUUCCAAAGCAAAGACGAGAAGUGCUGGUUGUGCUGCAUAUAUGGCUCCUGAGCGCAUUGAUCCACCUGAUCCAUCCAAUCCUGAUUACGAUGUCCGAGCUGAUGUCUGGAGCUUAGGAAUAUCUCUAGUGGAGCUAGCGACGGGGGAGUUUCCUUACAAACAAUGUAAAAAUGAAUUUGAAAUUUUAACUCGUAUCAUUGACCAAAAUUCGCCAUCAUUACCAGCGGAGAAAGAUUUCUCACCGGAGUUUCAAUCUUUCAUAACUCAAUGUUUACACAAAAAUCGUGACCAACGUCCAAAGUAUCCUCAACUACUGGAUGAAUCAUUCAUUAAAAGGUAUGAAAAGGAAGAAGUAAACGUUGGCAAGUGGUUGAUGCCUUGUUCAACGUCGGUAUGAGUUCUUGGAAAUUCACCAUUUCCAUGAAAACGACUGUGUCUUGUCAUUGAAGACAUAAGAGUACCCCAACACUCAGAUGAUGAUAAAUCUAUUUAUUUGCGAGUGACGCACAGAAAGUAUUCCCAAGUGAUAGUAUGAAUGUUCAUUGUGAAUAUCAGCUUUUGCGCAAAGUCAAAGUUCCAGUAAGGUUGGUUUGGAGUAUGAUUUUAUGGUACAUCUUCACAACACCUUUUUAUGGCAAAACGGAACAGUAUGCUUUUCUAAAACCAGGUGGAAAUCAUACUCUAACAUUGAGAUCAUUUGAGGUCAAAAGCAAAUCUUAGAAAACCUUAUGCUCGAAAGCCAACGAAGUACUUGUACAUUUUAUCUCCUGGUAAUGAGUAGCGCUGGCUGUGGCUCUCAUGAAAAGUCGAGGUUUAUUAGAAUUUAGAAUGUCUAACCCGUAAUUUUAUCUAGUACCAUUUAAAUCUAGUACCUUGCUCAACGAUUUUUAAUGAUGUCUUCUGAACAGUGGCCUCCAAAAGGCCUGUAACAAGAGGCAUCUGUUAAAUUGAUACACUUAUAAAGUUGUAGAUAUUUACCAAACCAGUGUUCAAAUAUGCACUGUUUUUAGUUAAGCUGUAAAUAUAUAUUUUUAGAUAGACAUAGGUAGAAUUUUAGGUUUUCAAUUUACAGAAAAAUAAAUAAAGUAUAAAACCAGCACGGCUAUACGUGUGCCGUUGAGAAAUUUACGUUUAGCUGACGCCAUGAAUUGAUAUCCCUAGGAGUCCUAUUAAAACUGUUAUUAUGUUUCUACCCAUGAAGUUCACAAUAUUUCCUUUUACAAUGCAUGAGAUUAAGUGUAAUAGACCAUUCCCCUAUUGAUCUCUGCUGAUGCUCCUCUAAAUUAGUUGCAUUGGUAAAUGGUUUCCUUUCAAUUUUUCCCUGAUCUUUAGAGAUGUCCUUGAUCAUUAGAGAUAAAUGAUAAUAAUUUACAACUUCUUGCAUGCUUUGCAAUGCACGUGUUUUAGUAUAUUAGAAAACCAAGUACAGGAAUAUUAUAAUAGAUAGUCUGGCGCCCCCAUUUACUGAGGAAAUUUUCCUCAACUAUGGAUGUAAACUGACGAUGACACAAAGGCUAUUAUU